UUGGAUUCCUCAAUAAAUAGCCGUCAUCGCGGCGAUCUAAUCUAAAAUCGAAACCCUAAUCCGACAAUUGAAUACUUCAGAGCCAUCCAACAAUAAGAAGAAGACGAGGAGAGAUUUUGAGCUCGCGGGAGGGAGAGAGUAAGAGAAUAGAAGGGAAAAAAAAAUGGGAAGGAAGAAGAAGAGAGUAUCGUCAAAGGUGUGGUGCUAUUACUGCGAUAGGGAAUUCGAUGACGAGAAGAUUCUAGUGCAGCAUCAAAAGGCCAAGCACUUCAAGUGCCAUGUCUGCCACAAGAAGCUCUCCACUGCUGGUGGCAUGGCAAUCCAUAUCCUCCAGGUCCACAAAGAGAGCGUCACCAAGGUUCCCAAUGCAAAAAAUGGAAGAGAAUCAACUGAUAUUGAAAUAUAUGGAAUGCAAGGGAUCCCACCUGAUAUCUUGGCUGCACACUAUGGAGAAGAAGAAGAAGAGGCUCCAUCAAAAGUUGCCAAAGUGGAUGUUCCAUCUGCUCUGCUUGUUGGUGGUGUAGUGCCAGCGUCAUUGGGUGUUGGAUAUGCUGCGCAAACUUUAGGUGCAAUGCAGCCAAUUUACAAUUCUGCUGUGCCGGUUCCCCCUGCUGGCUGGCCAGUGCCUCCUAGGCCACAGCCGUGGUUCUCACAACCUCCUGCAGUUUCAAUUCCAGCUCCUGCUCCAGUUGGAUAUGGACUGCAGGUAUUGUUCCCAGUGCAUAAUGCGAGGCCUCCUCUGCCAUUAUCUACAGCCUCUGCACGCCAACCUUCACAAGUUCCUCCAGGACUGACCUCAUCCACACCACCUAUUCCCGUAUCUCAACCAUUAUUUCCUGUUGUUAACAAUAAUUUGCCUCAGAGUUCACCAUUUUCUACUCCUUUACCUUCAACAAAUAUUCCAUCAAGCUCUUCUGCAGAUGUUCAAGGUUCUGUGGAUGUGCAUUCAGGAGCUAACAGUUCUCUGACAACUAGCUACCAUGCAAGUAUUCCAGGUGGGACAUUAGCCAAUUCACAUUCGUAUGCCUCUGGUCCAAAUACUGGUGGUCCUUCUAUUGGACCACCCCCUGUAAUCGCUAACAAAGCUCCUGUGACCCAGCCGGCUGUUAAUGAGGUCUAUUUAAUUUGGGAUGACGAGGCAAUGUCCAUGGAGGAAAGAAGAAUGUCAUUAUCAAAGUAUCAGGUGCAUGAUGAAACUAGCCAGGUAAGUUAUGGCUACCUUGGUAAUAUUUGGAGUUGGUUUGCACAUCUAACCUGUGGUAGGCUUUAUGCUUGUGCUUUCAGAUACAGUUGUUUGCACAUUGUCACCUAUUUAGAGAGGUAUUUACUGUAUGAAUUUCCAAUUUAUAUUCUGUUUAUCAAAGAUGUGUGCCUCUGAGUCAGUGUCUUCUGAAUUUCAAUGUCAUUGAUUGAGGACAUGCUAUUUUCUUUUUUACUGCAAUUCUCUCGAUUGCAUACCAUUACCAUUGCCACCUUAUGUGUGGCUGUCUGAAGAUUCAAGGGGGUGUGUAACUGUGUAGUUAUAUUUAUGCUGGUAGUGAGUAAUUUCUAUUUUGACAAGCUUGCUGGAGUCAACUCGAGGAAUCUCGAUCCUAGCGUCAUUCUCAGUUAAGGAGUGCAUGUAUUUACUGAUUUAAAAUAUUAUGUAUUAUUUACUCGCCCUAUGCUUUGUCUCCAAACAAAUUGUCGGGGUUUGGGUGGAACAAGAUGAUACCCAACAGAUUUUUGCUCAUUGUAGCAUCAAUACAAUUUAUUUUUAUCGUCGAACAGUGAAUUCAGACUUGGCCCAGGUCAGCUUCUUCUGCAAAGUUUGGUAUCUUUUGCAUAGGACCAAGCUUUCAAAUAUCUGGUUUGUCAACUGAUUUAUGUUCGCAGUUCAUACAUUGAACCUUUCUUUUGAUGCAUUUUUCAGAUGAGUUCAAUUGAUGCAGCCAUUGAUAGAAGGAUACUGGAAAGCAGGCUUGCUGGUCGAAUGGCAUUUUAGAUCAUCUAGUGACCAUGGUAUCAUCGCUGGAUAUAUGCAGAAUUCACAUGAACUACAAGGUGGUCCCGUGAUAGUUAACAUUGCUUGGAUUCUGGAGAGAACCAAUUAUGUAUAUUCUUUAGAAAGUGAGGUAGAUGAGAGCCAUUCUUUAGUAUGUAACAAACAUCCGAUUCUGCUUCUUUAUUAUUAUUAUUAUUAUUAUUAUUAUUAUUAUUAUUAUUA